AGACGAAGAAGGUAAGAUGUUUGGCCGGGCGGUUGACGGUUCUUCAGUAUCAUUUGGGACGCGGGCUGGGUUGGUUGGGUUGGUGUGUGAGGCCUCAAAGAGAGAGAGAGAAAGGACCCCACUCGAACCAUGAAUCAUCCAUGGUAACGGAAGCAAUGCGGGAUCCGUGACCAGAAGCCACCAAUCUUGACUUCCUGAACCUGCGAUCCUCCUAGUCCAAAACACCAAUUAACGCACUGGUUCUAUUAUCUUCUCUUGCUUCCUUCACGUCUUCUGUUACGCCGUAGUCUAAUGUAAGCCUUUGCAUCUGGUGACACAUAUUUAUUAAAGAAAACGAAAAAAAUCCUCAAAAAACAGAAACGAAUCGCCUUCAGUCAAUGAAAUCAAGAGGAGCUUUCUGCAGAGAGACAGCAGACAGAGGCAGAGAGAAAGAGAGCGGCUGGCCCUUUGCAGUUCGAUGAAGUUCCUGGACAGAGGUUAUCACCCAGACUGACAAGAUCAAACGUAUCAUCAAGCCACCAGGAGCAAAAUCCCGAACCCCGACAAAUCUAGGAAAACCUGAUCUGUUGGGCAUCCUUGUCUCCCUCCCCGAAGCUCCAAGCAUUGAAUACCCUCCUGUUCCCCAGUCGCCCCUACCUCCCAAUUUUUUCUACUCCUCUCUGCCACUACCUCUACCAAGUCCACGGCCUUCCCACAUCGGCCUCCUCUGGGGGAAGCUCCAACAUGGAGAGAUCGCCGUCAGUAGAGUUUGCGAGUCAGGUGGGGUCGGACGCUGGCCGUCAGUACCAGCAGCAUCGGGGCAGCAACAGUCGGCACCAAAGACAAAGCCUUCACCAACAACAACAGGUCUUGGUCCGAUCGAAAAGCCUACAGUACCUAGACCAAGACGCCCUUGCCGCCGAUGUGUUGAGUCCCGAAGAAGACCUUUACGACCAGGCCGAGGAGGAGGACGCCCUUAGCGACAUGACGCCCGAAAUGAACAACCCACACGCCCACCGCCGCAACUCACCGGCGGAAUGCAACAUCAACAAGAAGAGCAACAAACCAAUGAUGGAGAAGAAAAGGAGGCAGAGAAUCAACAGAUGCCUGAAUGACUUGAAGACACUGGUGCUGGAGGCUCUGAAAAGAGAUCCGGCAAAAUACAGCAAACUGGAGAAGGCAGACAUUCUAGAGAUGACAGUCCGCCAUUUGCAAAUGCUACACAGGCAACAGUCAGCAGCAGGCUGCACGAUGGGCAAUGGUCAGUUUAUAGGUGAGGAUAUAUCCAAGUACAGGGCUGGCUUCACUCAGUGCGCUGCAGAAGUUACAAAAUAUCUGGCCACUAUGAAUGACAUCCCCCAUGAUCUUCACAGUAAGGUGCUAACUCACUUGAACUCUCUCGCCACAAGUGUAGCAGCAAGUGUAAAUAGUAAUGCUACUUGUGUUCAGAACAGUAUCAAUGUAAUGCCAAACCCAGCACCUAUAAUACUAGUUGUGAAUAAUGCUACUACUGCUGCACCAACAGCAAUCUCACAUGUGGCAACACAACCCAUCAGCUUUCACGAAAAUACAGGGAAUUCUCUUGGAGCACAACCAAAUUUUGCAGUAAUAACAACUUCUCGAACUCAGAACAUACCCACUCCAAUUCAACCACAACCACAGAGCAAUGGACUGCAAAUUCUGCCUACUCGCCUAACUAAUGGAGAUUUGGCUUUGGUUCUUCCAGCGACAACCACAUUCCCGUUGGCAACACAAAACAAAAAUAUCCGAUCAAGUCCAAGCGCAGCCCUUCAAGCCUCAGCACCAGUUCUGACUGCUAUUCUCACCUCUGACCGAAAUCAUGUAACACCUGCAUCAACAUAUGUACAGCCUCCAGCUCUAUCGACCAGCAGUGAAGACUCUGCUCUUGGGCCUGAAACACUCGAAGUUUCAGAUAGUGACAUAAGCUCAGGCAUUUGUACUCCAGUGUCAUCAAUGAGCACAGCUAGUUCUCCCCUGCCCGCAGAGGAAGCUGGAAGAUUGUCACCUAAAAGAGCAACAACUUCAAGAUCAGCUUCUCCUUUGAAACCUCAGAUUUGGAAUAGCAGCUGCUUUAGGGAAGAGCUAAGCCCAGCUGCUUGUUCCAGUCAAAAUGCUCAUCGUCACCACCAAAUGAUUGCUCCAAAGUCCUCGAAUCCACGGCCUCCCAAAUCCAGUUCGCCAGACAUCCACAAGAGGAAGAAGGCAAACACUCCACCCCCUCCAGAAGCAGAUUCACAGUCAAUGUGGAGGCCAUGGCACUAGUCAUGUCUGGGAGUAAUUUGUCCCACCGUCAGUCAGUGUUAACUCUUAACCUUAUUUCAGUAACAAAGAAAAAUGAAAGUUUUAAUUCUUGAGUUAUUUGGAAAGUUUACUCUAGCGAUAAUUCUGUCCAUAACAAUGCUAAUCACCAUAUAGCUUGAUUUAUGAACGAAGCAAGAUUCCAAUGGGACUAGAGUUCUUGUUUCUAUAAGAAUCUAGCCAAAUUAUCUGAAGGAAGAAAACUGCACUACGAUUUGAACUUCUGUCUACCAGAGACUCUUGAUGACAUAAUACUUUCCUAAUGACAGUUCUGUUAUGAAUACUGUUGUACCUGCAAUCUUCAAAAGUCUAUUUAGGAUAUGUUAAACCUGAAAAAGCUGAAACGGAACAUAUUUUUAUUAUCUGUACAUUACAAAAAUUAGGAACCAGAAAAGGCACCUUAAAGGACAGAAUUCUUCUGUUCUUGAUCUCAUUUCUGUUGUUAGGACAAAUUAAGUCUUAAUGUCACGUGAGGGACCAAACUGAAGAGAACUCAGAGCACCUGUGUUGGUGCAAGUAUUAUAUUUUUAUACUGUUGACUUCUUUACUUUGACGAAAAAAACUUGUCUUCCAUCCCUCAGGUGUUGAUUAAGACAUUUUUACCUUAUUGAUUUGAUUUUUUUAUUUGUUAUCAUACGCUUAACCAAACUAGGGCCAACUAACCGGCACCGCUAAGCACAGUGUGUGUUGCACUGCACUUUUUGCACUUUGCACCGUGUGUUUUUUAUUGCACUUGUACCUUGCACUUGUACCUGCACGCCCCAGCACCCGCACCUGCACCACAUUACCUCACAGAGGUUAUUGGGCGACCUGCUGCAGCCACAGAGCUUACUAAAGAUUGUCUGAUCACAUCAGUUACAGUACCUGUACUUCAAAAACUCUUUUAAAAUUGAUCACCUGAAUUAUACCAGUCAUUUACCAAGUCAUCCCUUAUGAUUUUAGAUAACACCAAUGUUUUGGUGCAUUCUGUAUUUUAAACCAAGGAUUUCAUAAACGAUAUUCAGUUCACAGUUAUAGUUACAAAGAUAAUAUUGUUCAGUUCACAAGACAAUCUUUACUGAGAGAAUUACUGUGAUGGCAACAGCUCGCUCGACCUCCUCGCCAAACCCGUGGUGGUGUGUUAUCUGUGAUUUUUAAGGGACCCCUCCUGCCACAUCUUUGUGCCAUACCCAUACCCACACAAUCCACUUUCUUCAUUUCCUUCAAUUGACUGUCUCAUGAAAACAAGCUGCUAACUUCUUGGUCUUUCUUCUUUGCAUGGAUAACAUCUAAGGGAAAAGUUAGCAGCUACUGCAUUCUCUACCCACAAACAGAGGACCCACAAAUCAAGUUGUCAUACCUGAUCAGUUCCGCAUGAGCUAUGGUGUCAAGGCUGAACUCGUAAAACUGUCUUUUGUUCUGUCAAAACAAGUGAGCCAGACACCAAUCUAAUUGACUUUUACUUGCGGAUUUGAUUUUCUUUUGCUAAUUUUUUGGUAUUUAACAAGAGGCAUUCAUUCUUAUCGCAGUAAUUACUUUCGAUGCUACCAAUAUGGCAAAAUUACAUUCCAGAUUUUAGUGUGUAUGCUUUACUUAGAAACUAAACUGCCAAUUGAACCAUGAAAGCUGAUCAGGUAAAUGUACAUUUCUUGUAAACUUUCGUGUGGUCUCUCUCUUUCUCUCUUGCAUGACUGGGUGUCAAGUUCUUUACCUUUCGUCUUUUCAUUAUUUUACUCUCGCAGAUGUACAUGACUUCACCUGCGCACUUGAGGUGAUUUCCCUAACGCUAAUCAACUUCGUAAACGCGCAAAUUAUGUUUCCACAACUUUGGCGGGCUUCUGUCAGUUUGUUUGUCCUUUUUUCUUAAAGUAAUGGACACGAAUGAAGUUCUGAUUCAAUCUGCUGCACCCAUAUGCACUUGUUUUCAACGUUCUCUUUACCCUUUGCCCUAUUUCAUUCCGACUCCCUCUCUCCCUUGUUUUACUUUCCAUCUCCGUUAGGUUGUCUUACGUCAACGUCUAGUCAUUGCUUCUAGAAGCAGUCUAUUUAUUUUUGUUUUUGCUCCUUAAUUGCUAUCGUUCAGAUACCGUCUGAUAGUGCAAAGAUAUAAAUCAAAAUGUGCUGUAUUAAAAGCUCAGUUUCCCUCCUUGUAUUACUCUCUGGCUAACGAUAUUUUUAUACGAACGUUUUUGUACCUCAACAGCAGAUCACAGUUCUACUCCCUUAACAAACUCAAGUAUGCGAAUCGGCAACUUCAGCAUGACCAUGACACUACCAUUAUAGUAAAUCCACAAGACUUCUUUCAGAAGCAUUCACCAGCCCAAUCUAUGCUGUAACUAAAAUGUCAUUCCUCUUUGUAUAGCAUUUAGUUAAAACUAUUCGAUUCUUUUUCUUUCUUCUUGGCAAUAUUUCCUAUCAUAAACGAUAGUCUACAGAACGUCGCAGAUCGGUCUGGUGUCCCCACUUAUUAUUGAUUACAAUAACGAAAACGUUUCGGUCACACGGCGAUAAGCAACUGGCGACAGUAGAUGCGUAGAGGACAACACAGGUAAAAUGCAGUGGAAGUCUCAGUGUUGUGGAAAUGUUGUUAUGCACGAGGCGUUCUCCUCUCCUCGACAUCUGCCAAGUGUCACAACAGAGACCCUUUUCGAGGAUCCUUGGCGACAAGGCCUCGGGAAUUUUAUUUGCAUGCUGGCAAUUCUGUUCAGGAUUCCGCACAUUCAUACAAUAUAACUGCACGCAUAUACAUUCAUUCACAUUGCUUUCUCUCUUGCAUGACACACUAUUCGAAGUUUUAUUGAUAAAUUUGGGCCAUUCUACUUAAAAUAGAUUUUAUAUUUCAAAUAAUUUAUUAGGCAGAUCUGGGGUCCCAACUCCACUAGUGUAUUAAUCUGUGAUGUAAGUGUGAUGGAUUCUAAUGUAAUAGAUAUGAAAUAAAUAAUUUAAGGGUUGAA